AGCGAAUAGAUAACUAACUCAUAAAAAAUAAUCAUGGCUGCCACGAAGCAAGAAAUAAAUUUUACCCGUCUUUUAAACAGAUGUGAGGUUAUGUUAGCCGAUAAAAAUAAUAAUGAUGGCUGGAGGAUAGAAAAGUAUGUUGAAGCUUUACAUCAACAGUUGAAUGACUUGAAGAAAUCACAAAGUAAACCACCUCAAGACACGAUAACUGAAUAUUCUAGAAAAGUUGAUUUAUUAAAGGGAUUAGUCCAAGCUCGACAUAUGCCGACAGCCGGUGAGAAGAUUUUGAUAACGGAUCAACUACCUUCAGUACCAGUCAGUGAUAUACAAGCUAAAGAAUUACAUAUACAGGCAAAAUCGAAAUAUAGACAAGAACAAAAAGAUGAAUUACUCGGAAAAGAUACCGGUUUACGACACAGAAAUAAAACAACGGACGAGAAUGAUAUUGAUACAAUACUUCAACAUCAUCAUCAAAUGCAGGAAAAAUUAGCUGAUGAACUUUUAAAUUUAACAAGAAAUCUUAAAGACAAUAUCAAAGUAUCUGGAAAAAUCGUUGAAGAGGAUACGAAGAAAAUUAUCGAGAGUACAAGAUUAUCGGACACAAAUUACUCCAAGUUAAAGGUAGAAAGUGAUAAAUUAGAAAUGCACACCAAAUCAUGUUCCUGGUGGAUUUGGAUCAUGUUGGGUGUCGUUAUGAUGACUUUCUUGUGGAUGAUUCUCUUUAUGAAAAUGUUUCCACGGAGAUGAUGGGAGAAAAUGAAGUCAAAGACUGCCAUGGAGAUGAUGGGAGAAAAUAAACUGGGGCUAUUUAAUAAAUGAUUCUUUUUUGAUCUGAUAUAAACAAUAGCUACCAUUUUUUAAAUGAUGACUGCAUUUUAAAGGACAAUAUUGGUGUCAGUCAUUAUCACAGAGAUCAUCGAUACGAUAGAUGCAUAAUAUAAAUUUCAAGAAACGGAAGUGACCAACCCAAAAGGAAAACACGAAUUAUCCUUCUAUAUAAGUGACUGAAGUGACGAGUGAUAACAGAUAUGCGGGCGAAUUUCUGCUCACUAAUAAUUCCUUUGAAGAUUAAAAGUUGUUGUGUGAGACUGUGGGAGGAUAUCUGACAAUUUAAAAAUAUAAUUGACUGUCACUAGAUAAGAGAAAACAAACAAAAACAAGAGAAUGUACGGACUAUAUCGUAGCAAUGAUCUCUGUGUUCAAAUUAUAUUUGGAAUGUGUUUAACAAGUUCUAUCACAUAUGUGAUAAUGACUGACACAAAUGAUUAUCAAUGGAAACCAUGAACAGCGAUAUAUGUACUAUGAGCGUUAGGUUGCAUUAAUAUAGAUCAGUAAAAAAUAUCCAACUGGCAGCAUCGUGAAAGAGGAAUCCUGAAAUAAAUUUAGAGGUUUCCAUGGAAAUGAUGGCAGAAAGUAAAGUUACAUAGAUAUGAGUGCAAUAAGAAGUAUCAAAGAUAUUUAAAAAAAACCCCCAAAAACACAAUCAUAAAACUGCAAUUAAUUGAAAAACUGUCUAAGACUUUUAUUAAAAAAAACAAUUACAAUUAAAUGAAAAAGUUUGUUGAAUAUUUAUUAAAGAAAACUGUUAAUAAAUUUAUGUAGCUUA